AUGGAGGCGGCGGCGGGCGGGGGCUGCGGCUCCGGGCCGCCGCUGCUGAUGAGCGAGGGUGAGCAGCAGUGUUACUCCGAGCUCUUCGCGCGUUGCGCCGGCGCCGCAGGCGGGGGCCCCGUGUCCGGGCCCCCUGAGGCCGGCAGGGCCGUCCCUGGUGCGGUCACCGCAGCCGCGGGCACCGUGGCCGACCUCUUCCGGGCGUCGCAGCUGCCCGCCGAGACGUUGCACCAGAUCACAGAACUGUGUGGUGCAAAGCGAGUUGGUUAUUUUGGUCCAACACAGUUUUACAUCGCCUUAAAACUGAUUGCGGCGGCACAGUCUGGCCUCCCUGUACGGAUAGAGAGUAUUACAUGUGAACUGCCACUGCCUCGCUUUAUGAUGUCGAAGACCGACGCUGAGAUACGAUUCGGGAACCCGGCUGAGCUUCAUGGGCCCAAGGCUCAGAUUCCGUAUUCAAUCACAGAAAAAAACACCUUCAAGAGAAUGGACGAUGAGGAUAAGCAGCAGGAAACACAGUCUCCCACGAUGUCACCCCUCGCCUCCCCUCCUUCUUCCCCGCCUCAUUACCAGAGGGUGCCCUUGAGCCAUGGCUACAGCAAACUGCGGAGCAGCACGGAGCAGAUGCAUCCAGCUCCUUAUGAAGCUAGACAGCCCCUUGUCCAGCCUGAAGGAUCCUCGUCGGGGGCCCCUGGAGCCAAGCCCCCUCGGCAUCAGGCUUCCCUUAUUCGGUCCUUUUCCGUGGAGAGAGAACCACAUGAUAACAGCAGUAAUUACCCGGAGGAACCCUGGAGGAUAACAGAAGAACAGCGCGAGUACUACAUCAAUCAGUUCCGAUCCCUUCAGCCUGACCCGAGUUCCUUCAUUUCAGGUUCUGUGGCCAAGAACUUCUUCACCAAAUCAAAGCUUUCCAUUCCAGAACUCUCCUACAUAUGGGAACUUAGUGAUGCUGACUGUGAUGGAGCCCUGACCCUGCCCGAGUUCUGUGCCGCGUUUCAUCUCAUCGUGGCUCGGAAAAACGGCUACCCGCUGCCCGAGGGCCUGCCUCCGACUCUGCAGCCCGAGUACCUGCAAGCAGCCUUUCCUAAGCCCAAGAGGGAGUGCACACUAUUUGAUUCUUAUUCUGAGUCAAUGCCUGCGAACCAACAACCCCGUGACUUGAAUCGGAUGGAGAAGCUAUCUAUUAAAGACAUGGCUGACUUUCCUGUCCCAGCCCAAGAUGUGACUAGUGAUGACAAACAAGCUUUGAAAAGUACUGUGGAUGAAGCCUUGCCAAAGGAUAUGUCUGAGGAUCCAGCCACUUCUAAGGAUUCCAACAGUCUCAAAGCAAGACCAAGAUCCAGAUCUUACUCUAGCACCUCCAUAGAAGAGGCCAUGAAAAGGGGCGAGGACCCUCCCACCCCGCCACCGCGGCCACAGAAAACCCAUUCCAGAGCUUCCUCCUUGGAUCUGAAUAAAGUCUUCCAGCCCAGUGUGCCAGCUACUAAGUCAGGAUUGUUACCUCCACCACCUGCGCUCCCUCCAAGACCUUGUCCAUCACAGUCUGAACAAGCGUCUGAGGCCGAAAUACAGCCCCAGCUGAACAGAGCCCCCUCUCAAGCUGCAGACAAUAGUCCGACCAAGAAGGACAUACCAUAUUCUCAGCCUCCAUCAAAGCCCAUCCGAAGGAAAUUCCGACCUGAAAACUCAGCUACAGAAAACCAAGAGCCGUCUAGCACUGUUGGUGGGCCAGCGUCCGCAGCGACCGGGAAACCCCACACAGCAGUCCAAAAACAGUCUUCCAAACAGAAGAAGGCAAUUCAGACUGCUAUCCGCAAAAAUAAAGAGGCAAAUGCAGUGCUGGCCCGGCUGAACAGUGAACUCCAGCAGCAGCUCAAGGAGGUCCAUCAAGAACGGAUUGCAUUGGAAAAUCAGUUGGAACAACUUCGUCCAGUCACUGUGUUGUAACCCCCAAGAUUCAAGUAACAGUGGGUGACUUUUUCUGCCAAGAUAUUUCCUUUGAAUAUUUCAACCCAACUAAUUGUCAUAGAGAUGUCCAAGACUGUGUGAAAAACUGCAAGCCGCAGAAUAUAAUCCAUAUUUCCCUUUCUCUUGUACUUCACUUAUACGUUUUACUCUGGUGGAAAAAAUACAACUGAUUAUCACACUUGAAACUGUAAUUUCAGUGGAAUUUAUCUUCCAUUCUUAAGUACUUCCUCAAGUUGUUAGAUGUUGCUCCUUACCAAAAACCAAUCUUCUAGCAAUUAAAAACAAGUAGAGCAUUAUUUAUUUAAAGAAUUUAUGAUUUGUAUAAAAUAUCAAUACCUAGUACCUUCAGGAUGCUUGUUUUAUUUUUGUAUGUAUAUCAAAUACAGUAGGUUGGUUUCCUGUAUAAUUGGGAUUCCAACUGGAUAGUCUUUGGCAUGAUGAUAAUAAAAGUGAAAACUAAAACAAGAACAUCAGAUUUAGACAGGCACUGUGCCCUCUGCCACCAUAUGCCAAAAAUUGCUUCUCUAGUGCCAUUUUGACAUUGUAUCUAGCUAUAAAU